GUCAGACAAGGCAGGGACACCAGACAUACUUCAGCUAUUGCCACAGAAAUAUAAUGUUUUUAUCAACGAAACCGACGCUGUUCGUUUCAAGGAUUUAACUUUACACUUUCAAGUAUUAUAACUUCCUGUGUAGCUGUCCUGGGAUGCAGAGCCCCCCCCACCUCCUGACUGUCAGUGCCUGUGCCUGGGUCAGCAGCCUCUGUCACCUAGGAGAGGUCGUGCCCAGUGACUCCCUGCAGGUGCCAAACGAGGCCACCAUGUCGGUGACCGUUCAUGAGAAUCGCAAGUCCCGCACUAGCACGGGCUCCAUGAACAUCUCGCUGUUCCACAAGCCUUCCCAUCCCGACAGUGUGCUGACCCACCUGAACACCUUGAGGAAACAGUGCCUGUUCACUGAUGUCAUUCUGUGGGCCGGGGACCGCUCUUUCCCAUGCCACAGAGCUGUCUUGGCAGCAUGCAGUCGUUACUUUGAGGCCAUGUUCAGCGGAGGACUACGAGAGAGUUUGGACAGUGACGUCAACUUCAGAGACAGCAUACACCCUGAGGUCUUGGAGCUCCUGCUGGACUUCGCUUAUUCUUCUCGAGUCAUCAUAAACGAGGAGAACGCUGAGUCAUUGUUAGAGGCGGGCGACAUGUUGCAGUUUCAUGACAUUCGAGACGCAGCAGCAGAGUUUUUAGAAAAAAACCUUCAUUCUUCAAACUGCCUGGGGAUGAUGCUGCUAUCGGACGCUCAUCAGUGUAAAAGACUGUACGAGCUGUCGUGGAGGAUGUGUCUAUUACACUAUGAGACCGUAAGAGAAUCAGAGGACUUCUACAGUCUGUCGAAAGAUAAGCUGCUGGAGCUGAUUCUGAGCGAUGAGCUGGAAAUAGAAGAUGAACAGGUUGUGUUUAACUCUGUCCUGCGCUGGGUUCGAUAUGACUUGGAGGGUCGGCGUCACCAUCUACCGGAGCUGCUGAGAGGCAUCAGGCUGGCUCUGCUGCCGUCCGAGUGUCUGCUGGAGGCUGUGGCAUGUGAAGAGCUGGUGAUGGCUGACAAGAAGAGCAGGUCAAUAGUAGAAGAGGCAAUGCAGUGCAAGAAAAAAAUCCUUCAGAAUGACGGGAUAGUGACAAGUCCAUGUGCUCGCCCACGCAAGGCAGGACAUACACUGCUGAUCCUGGGAGGCCAGACCUUCAUGUGUGACAAGAUCUACCAGGUUGACCAUAAAGCCAAGGAGAUCAUACCCAAAGCAGACCUCCCCAGCCCCAGGAAGGAGUUCAGUGCGUGUGCUAUCGGCUGUAAGGUCUACGUCACAGGUGGCCGAGGCUCAGAGAACGGAGUCUCUAAAGACGUCUGGAUCUACGACACUGUCCAUGAGGAGUGGUCCAAAGGAGCUCCCAUGCUAAUAGCCAGGUUUGGCCAUGGCUCAGCUGAGCUGGAGAAUAGUCUCUACGUUGUUGGAGGUCACACAGCCAUAGCAGGAGUUUUCCCUGCCUCACCAUCUGUCUCCCUAAAACAGGUGGAGAGGUAUGAACCUCUUACUAAUAAAUGGACUAUGAUGGCUCCUCUCAGAGAUGGAGUCAGUAACGCAGCUGUGGUCAGUGCCAAACUCAAACUCUUUGUUUUUGGGGGGACCACCAUUCAUAGAGACAAGGCCUCCAAGGUCCAAUGCUAUGACCCUGUGGGUAACCGCUGGAACAUAGCGGCUGAAUGCCCUCAGCCCUGGCGCUACACGGCAGCUGCUGUCUUGGGGAGCCAGAUCUUCAUCAUGGGGGGGGACACUGAGUUCACCGCCGCCUCCGCCUAUCGCUUUGACUGUGAAACCACUCAGUGGACUCGAGUGGGCGACAUGACGUCCAAACGGAUGAGCUGCCACGCCGUGGCCUCAGGGAAUAAGCUCUAUGUGGUCGGAGGUUAUUUUGGGACGCAGCGGUGUAAAACGCUGGACUGUUACGACCCCACGUCAGAUAACUGGAACUCCAUCACCACUGUGCCUUAUUCACUCAUCCCCACCGCCUUCGUCAGCACAUGGAAACACCUGCCUGCCUGACCAGGAGACACCGACGACAGUUAUUGCAGGCGUUGCUGUCGUCUGAGGAGGGGCUCAGACUGGAGGAGCAUCUGAGAGACCCUGCAGUCACAGCCGGCUGAGGACCAACCCUUCAAAAUUCAGGCUGCAGUUCAUAGACUCUGGAUCAGUCCUGAGCGCCGUGGUACACAAGUCAACAGCACCAGGUCUUAACACACAGAGAGAGAAUGACUCUGCUGACGCGCUUCCUAAAUAAUGUGAUACUCCUCAAACCUGACUGAUGGAGCACUCGUACGGAUAAAAAAAGCUACGAGUGUUUCUUUGGUUGUGUGCGGGUUUUGUCUCGUGCCAUGUUUUUUAAUAGUCUUGAAUGCAUUACUAAACCAUUCCAGUGUAAAGAUGUAAACUGACAACUUCUCCAUACUGCAGCGGUGUCCCUUCAAAAUACAACACAACAGGAAAGAAGCAGGUCAAGGUUUCCUGUGAACCUCAAGCCUUAUUGGUUAGUUCUUAUUUCAGGUUUCACUAUAUUAGUACUACCACAGCAGUGCCAACGGAGCCCCGCGCCCCCCCUGAAAUUCAAGGUGUUUAUUUUUUUUAAUAAUACAUAUUUAUACCACCAAAUUGCAACCAAUCUAUUUACUGUCACUUUUCACAUUGAACAUGUGCUCUUUUCUUAAAUACACUUUCAUUUGAAGUUUUUGACCCUAAGAAACACUGAUGCAUUCAUCAAUAACAAUAAUCCACAGCUCCUCUCUCUGCUCCAGAGGAUUACAAAAAAUAAAAGAUCCCAACAACACUGAUUUGCUAACACAACAUCGCACUGCUAGCUAGCGAACGAUUGUCACUUUGGGUGAGGGCAUAGCAACCGUCGUCAAUGCUAGCCGUAAUGCUAGUCGUAUUUCAAAUAAUGCGUAAAAGGGAUUGCAGUGCAUCAAGAAGAAUGUCAGAAUUGAGACACAACUCAGGCUUCUCAGCAUUUGAUUGAAAACAUUACCUUUUUUAAGCAACUUUUUUUUGCGAUGAAGCACCCCUACCGUUAUGUGUAGCAAUUCACGUAUACACCGCUGUCGUCAAUACUACAAACUGUUUUACACCAAUCAGCUCAGUGCCGUAAAGCCUUACGCACUUCUUCUGGAAGAUCACCAAAGAACAUACAGACCGACAGACACCACUCUCCAUUUUACAAGUCAGUGUAGCAUCACAAUGGUUUUAAAGCUCUUUUUUUAAGCUAAAAUAUGUAGAUAAUGUUUCUGUAAUUCUGAUCUGGUGUAAAUGAACUACUUUCAGUGGAAUGUUAUUUGUGGUUUCAGGCUUGAUUUGUCAUGUCAGGAAAUGUACAGUUCACACAACUGCAUAGAACUGAACAUUCACAGAACAGUGAUGUUAACCGUACCAGAUUGUGGACAAUCAAGUUGAAACUCAACAGUAGAAAAAUGCAAAAAAUAACAUACAUAUUCAUUACUGGUGAAGUCAACAAUUAUAAUGGUGCGUUCACACCUGAAACAAAGCUAAUAUUUGCCUUGAGUGAAAACGUGAAAAAAGGCGAGGCUUAUCUCCAAUGAGAUGCCAACAACGUUUGGUCCGAGAAAAAUAACCACUCUUGCUGCUUUGUGCAUCUUGUGAAAGUCCUAGAUACGACAUGGAAACCCAACGGUCUGGUGUUUGGAACAUAGAUUAUCCAGACAAACAAGACGACUGAAUCAAUGUUGUUUACUACAGUCAUAUGAACCCAACAUUAACAUAUUUCCUGUGAUUUUUUUUGCAAUAAAUGUAUCAAAAGGAUGGCGAAAUAAUGACCUAAUGAUAUUGAGAAGUAAAAAGCCUGAAUCGAUGCUUUUUCACGUCUGUCUGCCAUACUUCCAGAAAAAAAGGUUUCAAAUACUUUAAGGUUUGUUUUAGGGCUAGCUAAGCUACCAUUGCAACUGUUCCAACAGAACCCAAAAUAAUGCAAUGUGACAUAAAUAAAGCAGCGUCUUUAUUUGUCAUGCCAUAGAGAAUAUAUAUGGUUGCACGCAUACAUUUAUAAAAAUCGAUUUUUGCAAGACAGCGUCAAGCCAAUUAUUCAAAUUUCGCGCCUUUACUUCCUCCUUGCUGCAGCAUUAGCGUGAUCUGUUGCGAAUGAGCUUCUAUCCAUGUCUUUGCAUUGACUGUAUGUAAUCGCACCACGUGAACAAUUCCCUUCAUGUCCAGUGUGAAAGCACCGUUAGUUGAAGACCUAUCACACGUUAACAUGGUACCACAUAGUCUUAGUCAACGUAACGUGGCAUACAAAAUAGGGCCAAACAUGUCAAAGUGUCAUGUCUCUGCUGCCUGGUGAGCCCAAACCUUUGAAUCACUGUUAUUCUUACUCUUGCCUUCCCGAGUACCAACAAGAGCUUUGCUGAGCAACAUUAUUCAAUCAUUGCCGUUAGGCUGUUACGUUGACCAAUAAUGUCGAGCCACAGGAAACACAUUUGGGAGCAUGAUCUGUGGAUUUAUUUACAAAUUCAUAUGCUCUCCUUAGUACUUCCAGCCGCAUGUUUAAGUGUUAAAGGAGGGAAAUGUUAACACUAGAGUUGUUGAUCAUCAUUGGGAUUGUCUUUGAUGUCUUUUCAUGAGAAGCACAGAACAGCCUCGUACAGUGUGUCCUGCAGAAACCACCACUGCCAAAGAGUCCUAAACUGAAAUAUGAUUGAUCUUCUCUGUAACACCUAUGCACUUUUGAUAUGUAUCAAUGCAUUCAUUAGCAGUGGUGUUUUUGUCCCACAGGUGUGAAGUGCUUUCUACACGCUGGAGAUAACACCAGCUGUCACAAUAAGGAAAAAGGCACAAAAUACCGAACGGAUUAUCUGCAGCUCACAGAUGCAUUGUGGUUGAUACGUGGUAUUGUCUCUGUGAUACACUAUUUGCUAAUGUUGUCAGUCCUUUGCACUUGUCCAACUGUUUAAGAGAAGCUGACGUCAGGAGGCUGCACACUGGUAGUGUAGAAUUUUCUGAAUUCAAUUUUUUCUCGACUUGUAUCCGUUCCUGGAGUUUUAUUUCAGCUACUGCGCAGAAGUGAAGAGAUGUUUCAGAAAUACUCAUAUGUUCUUUAGAAUUUGAAGAAAGAAUGUGUUUUUGAAAGAUUAUUGCAUUGAUAUGGAAAAAGAAAAGAAUUGAGUAAAAAAAUGUUGGAUACUCUAUGUUUUAUUUGUGGAAAUAAACUUUGACUCACUUUUUAAACUUCUUGAA